ACCCGGACCGCGCGAGAGACACCGUGAGCUCUGAGCACCCUCGUCUGCAAGUUGCUACCAGGGAGAUCAGCCGAGCUGGAGAGGCUCGGAGUAAUGGCGAGUCUUGCACCACGUGGAGUGCGCUGUCCUCAGCGCGCACCGCCUCCAUCCGCAGCAAGUCGCCACAAGCAAUCCUGGUUCUCUUUGGCCCUCAAAUGACCCACCGGGAGAAGCUGGAGCUUGCCACCAUACAGGAAGUAUGGUACUUUGCGCUCCGCAACAGAUCCCGGGGACCAAACAACGCUGGAUACGACGACCACGAACAUCAUUACAUUCCGGUCCAGCAUGAGCACCUCCACUACCGCUAUGAGGUGCUGAAGAAGAUUGGGUAUGGAGGUCAAGGCCAGGUGAUCCGGUGCCUUGACCACAUGAGGAACACCCUGGUGGCCGUGAAGAUCUUGGUAUCACCAUUGAGCUCCAAGCGUGAUACAUUUCAGAGAAUGGAGAUCAAGAUGGCUCUGGAACUUCAGGGCGAGGGCAGUGAUGAGGACUACAACGUCGUCAAAGUCCUGAACCAAUUUGACUUCAGAGGACACCACUGCAUUGUCCUGGAGCUGUUGAAGGAGAGCCUCCAUGAUGUGAUUAAGGAAGCGGGGCUCCGGCAAUUGCACAUGGGGAUGAUGAAAACUUACACCAGGGGCAUCCUCAAGUUCCUUUGCCACACCAAGGCCAGGAGCAUCAUCCAUGCGGACAUCAAGCCAGAAAAUGUUCUAAUCAAGGACACCGUGACCUGCACCAUCAGGGUCACAGACUUUGGCACCAGCUUUUUUGUGAAAAGUCAACCUCUUUAUGUUGGUGGGACUCGGCCAUUCCAACCUCCGGAGGUAUUGCUGGGCUACAGAUUGACCUGUGCAGUGGACAUGUGGGCACUGGGCUGCACGGUGGCGGAGUUGGUGACCGGCAGGGAAUUAUUCCAGUCGGACAGCCACGACGACCACCUCCCGUGCUGCAUGGAGAUCCUCGGGUUGCCUCCAAGAUGUAUGAUGGAUGCAGCUCCUAAUGGAAUGCACUACUUUGAUCGUGUGGGCAUGAUGUUCUGCCCAGUCAAGAGAAGGGUGCCAGGGAGCUUGUCACUUCACGGGGCACUCAAUAGCCACGACCUGGAGUUUGUUGAAUUCGUCAGCUCCUGCCUGCGAUGGGAUCCGGAUUGUCGCAUGACGCCAGCGCAGGCGCUGGGUCACAGCUGGCUUCGGACCGCGGCCACCAGCACCACCAGCAACGCCACCACCACUGCUACUCCUGGCAGUGUACAGUGUUUUGGAGCUGCUGAGCGACGAGCGGAGCCGGCGCUGCCCCCAUCCUCCGCGCUCACCCAGGCCUCUAAAUGGCUGACGGUUGUUGUGGAGGAAGAGGAGACUCCGGUGGAGGAGCUGUUGGUGCAGGAGGAGGAGACCCUGGUGGAGGAGCUGGUGGUGCAGGAGGAGGAGACCCUGGUGGAGGAGCUGGUGGUGCAGGAGGAGGAGACCCUGGUGGAGGAGCUGGUGGUGCAGGAGGAGGAGACCCUGGUGGAGGAGCUGGUGAUGCAGGAAAUGUUGAGUUUAUAA